CAUCGGGCGAGCAGGCUGCGCGCGUGACGCCUCUUUCGUCUCAACAUUAAAAAAAAUCGAAUUGCAUAGAUUGUAAAAAAUAAAAAGAUAAACAUUUGAAAUUAGAACAGUUCGGAUUUUGUUUUUUUAAUUUGGUUUUUUAAAGUGUGGCUAAAGCAAAGUGUUGGUUAUGGACAAUUGAUUGUUUUUGAUCAUAAAGAAAAGUGUGCGAAAUCUGACAAGAAAACACUUUAUUACUUAUCAAAAAGAGAAUAGUGGUACUUGAAUAAUGUGCGAAAGGGGGAUGGUCUCGUGCGCUCGCGUCGCUGACCACUCGUGCGCGCUCGGCUGUUUCCGCCGCGGUUGUCAGUGAGAAUCCAACAUGGCGGAGAAAGUCAGCUGAUCGAAACGGUGCGCGCGCAAGCUUCACAGCACGCGGCGGAUCAAGCGCAUCAUGCAGGUGUUCGGCGAGUGGGCCCAGGUGGAAGUGGUGGAGUUGGUGAACGACGGGUCGGGGCUGGCUUUCGGCAUCGUGGGCGGCCGCUCCUCAGGAGUGGUCGUCAAGAGCGUGCUGCCAGGUGGCGUUGCUGAUAGAGAUGGCCGCCUGCGCAGCGGCGACAUGUUACUCCGCAUCGGCGCGGUGUGCGUGGUGGGGAUGUGUGCGAGACAGGCGGCCGCCGUGUUGCGCCAGUGUGGCGCCUGCGUCCGCCUGUUGGUGGCCAGACCCGCGCCAGUCAAUACGCCAAGCAUGCAGUCGCUCGGUGCAUCCCAAGCGCCCGUGGUUCCGUCCAGACUGUUGGCUGAUCCCAUUGAACUGGAGAGAAGGUUGGCCGAAGCUGGACACGACGGCUUCGGGGCUCUAUGCGAGGACACCACCCCAUCGUCCCCUCCACCUACCUUCAUCGAGGAGAGAUUGCAUCAUAGGCCCGUGGCUUCAAUAGUGGCCGUGGUUCCUCGCGGAGCUCUGGCCCCCGCCCCGCGCCCCCCGCCGCUAAUCAUCGCCCCGCAAGAGACCACACCUCCACCUGUCAGGCUCCCACUAGACAUGGCGGUGCGAGGCAGCGGAGAACCAGAGACCCUCAGCUACCAGGUGGAGCUGAACAAGGAUUCAGCGCUGGGGCUCGGCAUCACCGUGGCUGGAUACGUUUGCGAGCAGGAGGAGUUGAGUGGCAUCUUCGUGAAGAGCAUCAGCGAGGGGAGUUCGGCAGACCUCUGCGGCAAGAUGCAGGUCAACGACCGGAUCGUUGAGGUUGAUGGUGUGUCCCUGCAUGGUGUUACGAACCAUAGAGCUGUGGCGUUACUGAGGGAUGCCAAAGGCCCUGUGGUGCGACUCAAAGCAUUGAGGUAUUUACGCGGGGCGGGGUUUGAGAAACUGCAGAAGGCGCUCGCGGCGCAAGAUGGCCGCCGGUCCCCUAUAGCUCCCCCGAGUCCGUCGGUCACCUCGCUGGCGAAAUAUAGUUUUAGCGUGUAUGACGAAUCAACGGUGAUAGAAGUUGAGCCGGACUCGGAAGCACAGCCUCAUCCGCCGUCUCCUACCUCCCCUUCGGAGGAGACAGAGAUAGUUAUAGGCAGGGAAGACCAGGACCGAGACACCAGGCGUAUCCAGGACAAGUGGCGGGAGAUCCUGAGCCGGGAACACGACUGGCCGGGACAUCAGUACCACUAUGAUAUUAUCGUCGGCACCAUAAUCAAAGGCAAGGAGAGCGGUCUAGGCAUCUCCUUGGAAGGCACCGUGCGGGUAGUGGGCGGGCGUGAGGUGCAAGCGCGGCAUUAUAUCCGGGCGGUGGCUCCUCACGGGCCAGUCGCUAAAUUGGGGGUGCAUAAAGUGGGGGAUGAAUUAUUGGAGGUGAACGGUUGGCGCGUGCUGGGCGCGCACCACGUGGAGGUGGUGUCGCGCCUGCGCGCCGUGCGCUCCCCCGUGCGACUCGUGUGCGCGCGCGCCGCCCCGCCGCCCGCCCGCCCGCACCGGGACCCGCCCGCCCCCGCCAGCCUCGCCCGGAACCAGAUCCUCGGCGGCAGCUUGCAGGACCUGCUGGCGCCUCCUCAACGGCUGAUCAAGGCCAAGUCGGAGAGCUCUAUGGCCUCUCUGUGCAGCGCCACUACCAUUAUGUCAGCGGGGCAUGACCAUGAUGAGUUCUGCUCGGACGACCUGGAGCGCAAUAGGUCGCGGUCUUUAGAGCCACUGAGCGGGCUGGCCAUGUGGAGCGACCACGUGGAAUAUAUUCAGCUGCUGAAGGAAGACAGAGGGCUGGGGUUCUCCAUACUAGACUAUUUGGACCCAGUGGAAGCGGGUCGGUCCGUGAUCGUGGUCCGCGCAGUGGUGGCGGGCGGCGCGGCGGCGGCGGACGGGCGGCUGCAGCCCGGCGACCGGCUGCUGUCCGUCAACGGGGUGGACGUGGCGCGCGCCCCGCUGCACCACGCCGUGCGGGAGAUCAAGGCCGCGCCCGCAGGUACCGACAUCAAUGAUGACCCACUGCUGGGGCACAGCCCGGCGACCGGCUGCUGUCCGUCAACGGGGUGGACGUGGCGCGCGCCCCGCUGCACCACGCCGUGCGGGAGAUCAAGGCCGCGCCCGCAGGUACCGACAUCAAUGAUGACCCACUGCUGGGGCACAGCCCGGCGACCGGCUGCUGUCCGUCAACGGGGUGGACGUGGCGCGCGCCCCGCUGCACCACGCCGUGCGGGAGAUCAAGGCCGCGCCCGCAGGUACCGACAUCAAUGA